UCGAGGUUUAGUCGUGCGGCGGCCACCGACUUGUACGGUUCACCCUCUGUGGCCGGGUUCUGUGCGACAGUCGUUAGACUCUGUCCUCUCUCUGCCCGUUCACCGCGUCCUUCCAUAAUUCAAUUGUUAAUUGUGAAGAUUUACGUGAGAAUGAUCGAGCUACGGUGCAGUGGUGUACACGUGACGGUGUCGGAUUAAGGAUCUAUGCAGCUGAACGAGCAAGGUUUGAGUGGAUAAUCGUAUAGGUGCUUGGAAUAUAGGACUGAACCAUGGCGAGGCAGCAGACGGCGGAUCGUAACAUACCGCACUUGCGGGACAUAUUCGGUUUCGGUAACAAGUGGGAGAACACGCGGCUCCCGGUCGAGGAGAAGGCGCCGGGACACGACAGCGCCGUGUCCGUCGGCUCAACCUCCGGCGAGGAGGAGAGCCCGAAAAACAGCAAGAAGAAGAAGUCGCGUCGUCGUGACAACAGCAAGACGUUGACGGAGAGCGACGUGAAACACUUGGAGAGACACCUGUCUAUGAAGAAGACCAUACGCAAGAAGAUAAUGCGCGACCUGCAACAGGCGUUCGUCGAGGACCCGAACGAGUUCCGGGUGGACGACAUCCCGCCGGAACAACUCAAGGCUGAGAUCAAUAUUCAGAGUCUGAGCUUCGGCACGCCGUCCCAGAAGCAGGGACGCACGCGUGGCAACGCGGAGAACACGUUUCUCGACAUGCUACGCGCCGGAGGUCUUGAGAAGAAUUCCGGGGACGGGGACAGGGACUCGGGCCAUGGUGGAUCGCCGACGAGGGAGACGUCGAACGCUCAGGACACGGACGAGGAAUCCAGUUAUCCGUAUGACGCACCGGUUGCAACUCCGUCGAAGAAGAGCGGCAACUUCUGGAGACGUUUCACGAUGAAGAGCCGCAACAAGCGGUAAAUUAAUGUACGCCUCGCCCGAUGCUUAAUUUCCGUUUCCCGUAUUACCGUACCAACUUAGUUAUUCGAGCAGAGCUUGCAACUGUGAUAUAUAUUACUUAUCCGAGAGAAAGAGAGAGAGAGAGAGAUAGAGAGAGUGAGAGAGUGAGCGAGAGUUUUCAUUGUGCAGGAACCGGGGAAAUUUUCACGGACGCAGGACCAAUCUGAAACAAACCGUUGUUCCUUGUUUUAGGAAAGUUAAAUGAAAAAUCAUGAACGCACAUAUCAUAUUUUUUGGCCGAACUUUUUGGAACAUGUUUAAUUGUAAAUAACGUUGAAAAUUUCUUUGGGAGCCUGCAGAACCCGGUAACGUUACACGGAACUUUUAGGCGUGUACUUAAAUUAAGCGGACAACUAAUUAAUUAAUUAAGAAACGAGGAUAUCUAGCGUAAGGGUAGCUAGUUUUUAAUUACAUUUUUUUUUUCUUUCUUUUCUUCGUCAUUAUUUUAAUAUAAGGAGAAGGAAAACCAGAUAAGUGUGCACAGCUCUUGUUAGUGUUAGCUAGUCAACGCAGGUUUUACAAGUGAAUCGACAUUCUCGAAAUUCGUCCCGAGAUUUGAUACUAUUAUCCUUCGUUUUCGAGGUCGAUAUGAAAAUAUAUGAAAACGUUUCGGACACAUAUAUUUUAAUAAAAAUUACUUUUAGAUAGAAUUACUUUUCUGUAAUGAAGAAAAGAAACGGGAACAUCUUUUUAUACCGCGUAGCUAUCGAUUCUCCAUGAAAAAUCUGAGGAAAACAGAAAAACGCCGAGAGGAUUGUAAAACAUAUGUAUAACGUUUACUACGAGGUUUCAUAUUUAUUGUAAUACCGUUGGUGUGAAAUUCCAUUGUUCCUAUUAUAUCGUUCUUGGAUACUACCUUUCAACGGCGUCUCCGUACUUCCGGGAGCGCCAUGAUUACUGCAUUAAUAAGUAGACAUUUUACCUGGAACCGUUAACUGUAAAAUAUAUAUUAAUUAUAUCAUACCCGAGGAACACGAUGUUAGAAUGUAGCGUUUAAAUAAUAAAAGUUCUCUACGAACGUU